CGCACCUCUCGUGGGGACAGAGAGAAAGACGUGUGAUUUCUCUUUGUACUGAAUGAAGAGUUGAGGCCGGCUCCGCCACCGCGCACCUCUCUUUUUAUAUAAGCAGAGUUUGCAUGCUGUAAAUAGCCUUAUAAGCCGGUUACACUUUACGUUUCAUCGUAACCCUCGCUCGUCUUUUGUGUUGUGGAAGCGGCCGGCUGCUGCCAAUGUCCCUCUGAGCGAUUUUUCUUUGGACAACAAAAGCAUCAGGUCCAACGUUGUUUCUUCUUCGGGGGGAUUCCAAGUCACUCAUUUAUCAGUCGGGAUUUUUCAGUGCGGAGAAGCGACGUCCACACACCGCUUCGCCUCCUCUCCGUCGCCCCGUUCACACUUCCACACCUCCCGGGGGCGAUUUUUUUCUUUUCCCCUAACCGAGCGACCAUGGCUGCUGUAACAAGCCCGGAGACGAGCCCUCAACCCCGGGUGUAUUUCCAGACGCCGGCCGGCACCACGGAGGAACCGGAGACACCCGUUCGGAAGCAGGGACGCGUAACCGUCAAAUACGACCGUAAGGAGCUGAGGAAGAGACUGAACCUGGAGGAGUGGAUUAUCGACCAGCUAACGGACCUCUACGACUGUGAGGAGGAGGCCAUUCCCGAGCUGGAGAUAGAUGUGGAUGAGCUGCUGGAUAUGCCCAGUGACGUUGAACGGGGAGCCAGGGUCAAGGAUUUACUGGUUGACUGUUUUAAACCUACUGAGGACUUCAUCUCAGAGCUGCUCGACAAGAUCCGAGGGAUGCAGAAGCUCUCCACGCCUCAGAAGAAAUGAUGGCGUCCCUCCUCAUCCUCAUCCCCCCUCAUCCUCCCACCCACCUCAGCCCUCACCUCUCGUCUUCCUACCGUGCUUUCCAUCUUUUUAGUUUGACGUCUUCCAUCGCGAAUCCUCAUGAAAUACUUUAACUAAACCUUGUUUCCUCUUUUUGCACACCCUCCAUGCUAAAACCCCUUUCUUUUUUUUUCUUUUAAUCUCUUCCUUGCCUGGGUCCAGCCACAUAAAUCGCUUUUACUUUUCAUUUUUUGUGACCUUCCCUUGCUGUUUGUUGGACCUCCUUCUUAAAAAAAAACAUCAUUAAAGAAGGAAAAGUAAAGAAUGCAAAAAAACAGCAAUAAGCGAUUCAUUGGUUUGAAUCCAGGCACUCUCCUUCUCUCUCUUUUUUUCACUCCUGCUCCUCCUUCACCCUUUGUUUGGCUUUACUCCUCUUCCUCACCAAGCUCUUCAUCCUCCCACCCUCCCUCAUAUCACCCUCCAUCUGUCUGAGGAGGAAGAGAAGAGGAGCCGAGUCCCAUAAUUACUGAGAGCGGAGCGGCUGAGAGUGGGAAGAGGCACGAGAGAGAAAGAGAGAAAGUCUGCAACAGCCAAGAGAAGAGUGGAAGGGUGAACGACGAAGGUGGAAACAGCCAAUCGGCUUGAAGCAGGGCCUAAUCAUUGCUUAUGUCUCUACCAAUGAGAUUCCUUAUUUUGUUAUUCGUGAAGGGGGUUAAACUUGUAAAUGAUCCUGCUAGCAACCAUGAUUCUUUUGAUAAGUUCAGUUUGAGGGCGUGGGGAUAUUCACUUGACUUUAGUUUUUUAAUUAGUUAACUUUAUAGGGGGGGUCAGUACAGUCUUUUCAGAUAAUCCCCCCCUUUAAUCAGAGGCAUUUGCUACAGUGGUGCAUUUAAAGACUGUCUUUUUUUUGUGUGUGUGGAUCUGUUGAAAAAUCUGCACUAUGUCAUUUUGGGAAGAAAAUCAGAACCUCUGACCACAAAGAAUAAUGUGUGGUGUAUCUUUAGCAACAAAGAGGGAAAUCUGAUCCCUGGAAAUAGUGGUUGAACCUUUAAAAAGUCACUGGUUGGCUGUGGUGGUCAUACGGCCCAACUAAUUUUAGACUUAAAAUCUUCCUUUGAGGCUAGAGUAGAAGUAGGUUCUCUUAGGUCGGGUGUGCGUGAAUAGAAAUCCAAGUCUUUGGGGGGGAAAAAAAGAGUGUUUUUCUUUCCUCAAAUGCGUAGUGCAGUCGUAAGAGAGGCUCUUCAGAAGCCACUGCUGUCCAGCCUGCACAUACACACGUUUGUGCGUCUGUGUGUCGCUAAAUGCUACGUGUUGCUACAUAAUGUACAGCAACAUUCAUAAUAGGAGUGUUUUUUUCCUGGCCUGUAUAUUCUGCUGUUCUGUACGACAAACUUGAUUAUUAGGAUAGGACUGGUUCCUGUUUUGUUUUGUUUUGUUUUUUUUCCAGAAUGCAUUUUGUCACACACACACUGACAGUCCGACAGGGGGACCCAGAACAAAGCUGCCUUGUUUUUUUGUAUCCACCCCCCCCCACCCCCCACCCCCCUCUAUACGUCUCACUUCUCUCCCUUUAGCUUAGAAAUUAUUUAGUCCGCCACAUUGUCUGUGUUAGGCAGAUGUCAAUUCAGAGUAGUCACUCGCACAUGGAAACUCCAGAGCUGUGUGUUGCUGUUGAGACUUUGCACUGCCCUCUGCCUGUCAGUAGACCCACCAAUGAGACGUCUGAAUGGGACGGCUGGAGGGAGGGAGGCCACUGUUUUACAUUGAAGCUGUCUAAAUGCAUUCACCCUUCUCUUUCUUUCUCUCACUUACACACACACACACACACACACACACAGGCCACCCUAGAGGCGGGGAAAAAGGAAACACAUUAGUAAACACAGCUGCCUCUCACACAGAUGUGCACACACACACACACACACACACACACACACACUCACACUCCAAGUGCUGAGAGAGAAAGGGAUAGAGACAGACAGGUCCAUAGAUGUCACAAGAAGUGUGUGUUUCCCUGCUGCAGCUGCCAAUCAUCUCCAAGAGUAAGCCAUCUGUUUCUCAUUGUGAGCCAAUCAGAGCUGAGACCGAAGCCCAUUGGCCAAUUGGAGAAGCAGCAGCGUUUGCUAUGAUUCCUGCAACCAAUUGCUAACACCUGCGGUGACAGCAGACCUCCACUGUCUGUCUCUUCCUCUCUCAGUGCCAACACACACACACACAUCCACACACACACUGGCCCAUUUUCAUCUUGCUGCUCUGUCAUUUCUCCCUGGCAUCCCCUCUCUCCUCCUCCUUCCACCCUUUUCCAUCCUUUUGUCCACCCUCCCUCCCUCUGUCCUUUCUUCAGCCCCCCCCCCCUUUCCCCCCCUUUUUAAAAACAGAUGUUGCCUUAGGUAUUAUUUAUGUUACACAAACCAAAUAAACGGGAGACAUUCAUUUUUAAAAAGGUAACGCAAACACUUGUGUUACUGAGCAGAACUGCGGCACGUGGAGAAUCUCGGAUCUUCUGUCGCUUUUUUUUUUUUUUUUUUGGAAAAACAAAAUGAGAUUCUGUUGUUUUUUUUAGGAGUGUUUAAUACUUAGGCCUUGAUACAGUGAUUUUGUUUAGAUAAAACAAUGUUCUUUACAUUUACCAUUUGAAUACUGCUCUGUUUUUAUUGUGAUCAUGACACUUCUUGAUGCCAGGCCUUGGAUUAACAUGUAGUUGAACGAAAAAUCCAUUCAGAUACACUUUGGUGCGAUUGCUUUUGCCUUCCUGGUAGUGUUUCCAAAUCAAGCACGGUCUGCAUUUUCUUUGGAAACAUGGGAUUGUACCAGGCAAGCUCAAUCAGUAGGUGAAUUCGAGUGGAUUUUCAUUUCUAAAUCCAGGUUUGGAUUAUAACUUCUUAGACUGUUAUUGAGAAGUCUGUUUUUUUACUGUUGGGGAAAAUUGCAAAAAAUAUAUAUACUGAUUAUCAUCAUUGAGGCUAAAUACAAGAGCUAAACCAUGCGGAUUGAAGGAGGGGAGGUGUUUUUUGGACAAUGAUUAGAUCAAACCAACAAACAAAUGUAGCAAUAUCAACAACAGGUCUUGUUUUUGCCCAAUUUUGUUACACUUUUAUGCAACUUUAAUAAAAACAUGUAAAAUGGA